AUGAAUACAUUAAAGUAGAAAUGGGAGGAUUUAGAGACAAGACUCUUCCCUUAGGUUGAAAAAUGUGUCAAAGACGCUUUAGGCUAUGAAACUAUGAUGCCUGUUUAGAAAGCUACAAUCCCAUUAUUUAUCAAAAACCAUGAUUUAGCAGUAGAAGCAUAAACUGGAAGUGGCAAAACAUUAGCAUUUUUGCUUCCUAUCUUUAAUGUUUUGAUAAAGCAAGUAAAAACAGCAAAUAAAAAUUGUGUUUAUGCAUUAGUUAUUGCUCCUACUAGAGAGUUAGCAAAAUAAAUUCAUGAAAUAGCUGUUUAGUUAGCGAGUCAUUUAGAAAAUAAUUAAUUCAGCAUUCAACUUUGUAUAGGUGGUGUAAGCACUAAAAUAGAUGUAUCUAAUAUUCAGUCAUAAGGUGCUAACAUUUUAAUUGCCACUCCUGGUAAACUCAAAGAGCUGAUGGAUAUGAAAGAGUUAGAAGAUAGUUUAAUUUUUAGGAAUCUUGAAAUAUUGAUUAUGGAUGAAGCAGAUAGAUUAAUGGAUACAGAGUAUUAUGAAGAUAUGACCUAUGCAUUAGAAAAGCUUCCAAAAUAAAGAAGAACAGGCUUGUUUUCAGCAACUUUGAGCUCUGCAAAAUUAAGUGAAUUGAUUAAAUACGGUCUCCGUAACCCAGUUAAAGUUUCAGUCAAACCUGGUGGUGAAAAAGCUAAUAACACUAAUUAUGUUGUUCCUUCCACCCUAGAAAACUCUUACUUGAUUCUUGACAAUAGAUUUUAAAAGAUAGCAUUUAUGCUUAAUUUCAUUUUAAAGUAUCCUGAAGAGAAAACUAUCCUUUUCUUAAAUACUUGUGCAAGUGUUGACUUUUACUAAAAAAUUUUCAAAAUGUACAGCUUAAUUAAAAAAAUACAAAUUACUUCUGUGCAUGGAUAAAUGAAAUAAGUUAAAAGAAAUAAAAUUAUUGAAAACUUUACAAAGAGCUAAAAGGGAGUCUUAAUUUGUACAGAUGUUGUUGCAAGAGGUAUAGAUUUCUAAGAUGUCCACCAUAUUUUAUAAAUAGAUCCUCCAUAAGAUCCAAGUUUUUACAUUCAUAGAAUAGGUAGAACAGCUAGAAAGGGAAAAUCAGGAAAGGCUAUUAUACUCAUUGAAAAACAUGAAGAGGCAUUUGUAGAAUUUCUAAGAAUUAAAAAUGUUGAGAUUCAGGAAUACAAUAAUUCUGAAUAAAUAGAAUGUGAUCCCCUAAAAUUUGAAGAAGAUAUUAAAAAAAUAAUGAUAUAAGAUAGAGAUAAUAUAGAAAAAUCUAAAAAAGCAUUUAUUUCUUAUAUUAGGUCUUACAUGGAACAUGAUCUUAAGUAUAUAUUUGAAUUCAAAGAUUUAGACAUAGGUUGGGUGGCUCGCUCAUUCUUUUUAUUGAGACUGCCUCGUAUUAAGGAAAUUCUCAGCAAACAUAUAAAGAAUUUUCAUUAAAGCGAAAUUGAUCCAGACACUAUACCAUUUUAAGAUAAAAAUUAAGAACAAUAGUUUUCUCUUAAAUAAGAAGAAAGAACAUAAAAAAGAUAAGAAAGAGAAGAGCAUGCAGAAAAGCAAUAAAAAUAAUUAGAGAAAAAGUAAAAAGAAAAGAAUAUGCGUUAGGUGAGAAGAAAAUAAAAAAGGGAAGUAUUAGAAGAAGAAUAAGAUGAAUUUUCCUUGGAAUUAAACUUAGCAAAGAAGCUAAAAUAGGGUAAAAUUACUCUUUAGGAAUAUAAAAAACGUAUGAAAGAAAUAGAUCCUGAAGAUUUACAUGAUGUUGAAUUUACUAAGAAAUAAAUAGUAUCAAUUUCAGGUCAUAAGAAGAAGAAGAAAUGA